AUGAAAGGGGAGCAGUCUUCAGGCCAAUCCACACAGGGACAGGGCCGUCUCCUUUAUGACCUGCCUGCCUGGGCCCUGCCUGCCUGCCUGGGUCCUGCCUGGGCCCUGCCUGCCUGCAUCCUGCCUGGGCACUGCCUGCCUGGGCCCUGCCUGCCUGGGCCCUGCUUGCCUGGGUCCUGCCUUCCUGCCAGGGUCCUGCCUGUCUGCCUGUGUCUUGCCUGCCUAGGUCCUGCCUGCCUGCCUAGGUCUUGCCUGCCUGGGUCCUGCCUGCCGCGGCCCUAUUUGUUGAUUCUUGGGCCCCAAAAUCAUUAAUUAAAGUGCAGACGACGGCACGGUAACCUGAGAAAAGCCUCACACACACAUAUGAGGCACACGCUAACACACACACACAGCACUCCCUGUCGCAUAACAAAUGAUGGCACUUGGUUUAAUUGCUGAGGCUGUUUAUUUAUUUACGUCUGUAAUGGAUGGUGGUCCUCGGCCCGGCAGCCAAUCAGCAGCCAGAAAGAGGGAGACAGGAAGAGAACCAGAAGCCCUGCAGACCUGAACAAAUUCCACAGGAUUCUGCAGUCUUCAUUUCACCCUCUCUACAUGGUCCGCCUUUCAGUCUAGCUUUAACUCUUUCUCUCUUUCAGUCUAGCUUGAACUCUUUCUCUCUUUCAGUCUAGCUUGAACUCUUUCUCUCUUUCUUGUCUGUUCUCUCCCCCUCUCUUCUUACUCUCCUAGUUGUGUUCUCCUUUCUGGCCUUUCCUGAGUGACUGAUGGGAUCGCCAUCCUUGAUUGGUGGUUAUUUUGAGAACUGUUUGCUCAGCCAAUGGGAUGGCCCUGGACUUACAGAUGUAGGAUCUUAAUUUGAGCUGGUUUGCUAUAGCAGGAAAAGAAUCCUUCAGCUAGAGGAAAUGUGAAUUAUUUUAUGGAUUAUAAUUAAUGGACAUUUUUGUAGGGGUUAAUUCAUUUUUCGUAAGGGAAAAUCAAGUCUGAAAUUUCAAAGUGGAAAUUACAAACUUCAGAACCCUUUGUAAACCUAAAAUACACUACAAGCUGUUUUUGCAUUGCAGGAACGUUCUCCUGUAACAGGUGAUCAAAUUAAGAUCCUACAUCUGUAUAUGGCAUACAUCAAUGUUUUUUAAACUCAACCCACAAAUGAGACACUGGACUUGAUUUUGUUGCUGGCUGGCUGCUCAACAAAGACCUAAGUAACAGACACAUUCCGAUUUAGUUUGUUACAAAUGAGCACUCGAUGUUUGGGUCUGUGCCAAAUACGUUUAACGCAUUCUUAAGGAGAUCUCGAGACUUGCCAGACUGUUAGAGGGACAAAACAGUCAUGCUAUAACUAAGAAAAAAACCAAACACGCUUGUAUGGAAGGAACCGUUUGAGUUGAUUUCUCCAUCACUGGCUGAUGUCUGUUUAUGCUGCUCUGGUAGGUUGAUGUGACGUGGUGCCUGUUACGAAGCACUGGGGAGUUGGCUGAGGUUUCCUUUAAUCCACAUAACAAGCUCUGAUGAAACACCCUUCUUCAUGUGCAUGCGUGUUUUCUAAAGUGUUUGUUCCCCUCUCACACUGAUGCCUGUUCUGUCUAUGUCUCCCUACAGCUGCUGGUGAGCCGGGCCUUGAACCAAACACACACUCCUGUUCAUGCUGGUGGAGCAGCUCUACUGAUCCAGGGGCCAGACUGACUGCAGCAGAGUCCCAGGAUCCUGCCCACCUGCCCUGGUUGAAGACAAUUCUUUACCCGCCUUCCGUUGCAGAGAUGCUCUCUUUCCUCCCAGUGUUUGACAAUCAGAGAGCAGAAACUCGUAAAGUCCCACGAGCUCCGAGGCACAAUUGGACAUGUAAUCCUGACUGUUAUACACUGAGGAACUAUGGCUUUAACUCUCCAACUGUCAACCAAUCAUCUCACUGCCCCUGCCAGGUUCACUGACCGGCUGAUCAAUCCUAGACAACAAACUAGUCAGCCUAAAAACCAGAAGGACCAAUCAGGAAGGACCAUUGAGAGUGACCAAACAUACUUUUUUUUGUGUGUUAUUUUUUAAGAUAGUUUGUGAGCCCUUGAAAGUCUAUGGGAGAGAGCAAAUCCUGAUGUGGGUUUGUUUACGUAGCCACAUACGGAUAGCAUUAGCAUGGUCCACAGCAUGGACCUCAGAUCCACAUGGACCUUCUCAAUGUACUGUGCCAAAGGAACCACUCCCUGUCAGCAGAGAGACACUGAGAGGGGAACCGGGUUCCAAUUACUCUAGAACCCUCAAAGAGAACCCAGAGAAGUGUUCUGUGUAGGCUACCUUUCUCUGAAUGUUCUUAAGUCUGGAAACACUCCUGUCAUCCUAUCACUGGACAGCUCUCUUGGUUGACAGUGCUCUAGGUAGUCGAUGUCCAUAGGAACUGAUCUAGGAUUAGUGCCCUUUCUAAAUCCUAACCUUAACUAUCAAGUGGGAAAACAAAACUGACCUCAGACCAGUGUCUAGGGGCAACUUCGUCCCUCUCCGAGUGGAGGGUAUAAACUGUGAACAAACAAAACCCUCUGAGGAAAUCAAACUAUUAUAUGUUUAUAGUUUUUUUUAUUUUCUCUUGUGUUUUUUUCUCUCCCUGCUGUACUUUGUUUGACUAACGAGUAUCAUGUUGUGUUUGUUUUUCUACAUCUGAAACAGAUUGAGUACUGUUCUCUUUGAGGUUUGUAUCAGUUGUGUGUUUCUGCUUGUGGGUGUUGUUUUAUUUAGUAGUUUAUUUAUUGAGUAGUUUAAUUGCAUCAUGCAUUGGACUGGCUGUUUUAGGUAUCCAUAUUGAAGUCAGCACUCCCCAAUCUCCAUUUUGGAAUCAGAGAUUGAGGAGUGCUGCUUCAAGGGACCGUCAUCUCAAAGAGUUGUCUAUACAUAUCAGUUUACCAGUGAGGAUGUCGUGGUGUUUGAAGGUGACAUGAUGCAUCAUGAUCUCCGUUCUCCUGAACCAGCAGUAAGUGUUUAGCUUGUACGGUUUUCUGUGUGUGUGUUUAGCUUGUGCAGUUUUCUCUCUCUCUCUCUCUCUCUCUCUCUCUCUCUCUGUGUGUGUGUGUGUGUGUGUGUGUGUGUGUGUGUGUGUGUGUGUGUGUGUGUGUGUGUGUGUGUGUGUGUGUGUGUGUGUGUGUGUGUGUGUGUGUGUGUGUGUGUGAGUAAGCGUGUGUGUGUGUGUGUGUGUGUGUGUGUGUGUGUGUGUGUGUGUGUGUGUGUGUGUGUGUGUGUGUGUGUGUGUGUGUGUGUGUGUGUGUGUGUGUGUGUGUGAGUUAGUGUGUGUGAGUAAGCGUGUGUGAGUAAGCGUGUGUAUUUGUGUGUGUGUGAACAGCGCGAGGUCUCAAUAUGCCCAAACUCUGCUAUUGACUUGUUCUACAGUGUGUUGCCAUGGUAAAUAUGUUUCUCGUUCAAUAAAAGUGUGGCGUUUUUCUCAACUGUCUGGAGAAUGUAUCUCUAUCAGAAAAUCACAAACAUAAUUGAAAAUGGAUGUUAUCAAUAGUUCUGUUUAGUAUUAAUUAUCAGUGGAUCUUUUGAAAUCAUCAAUCUUUCUGAGAUUGAAACAAUGGAAUGUGCUUUUGUUCCUCUAUUUCAUGGUCUCCCUAAACCCAUCUCUCUCUCUCUCUCUCUCUCUCUCUCUCUCUCUCUCUCUCUCUCUCUCUCUCUCUCUCGCUCUCUCCCUCUCGCUCUCUCUCUCGCUCUCUCUCUCUCUCUCUUCUCUCUCUCUCUCUCUCUCUCUCUCUCUCUCUCUCUCUCUCUCUCUCUCGCUCGCUCGCUCGCUCGCUCUCUCUCUCUCUCUCUCUCUCUCUCUCUCUCAUAGACUCAGACAGAUGUUGUCCAGCUUUCCUCCUGGGGGAAAGGGGGCGGGAGUGGUGGUGAUUAAAGGGGGGGUUCAGUUACGUGGUUGGGCUUGUUUUAGGACCACUGUAACCUAACGUAGCAGGCGUAAAAUAAAUGCCUGAAACUGGAUCCCUACAUACUGGUCUUGACGAGAAUAAUAAAAAAAUGUUGGGGAAGGUUCUCUUCUGCACUGUUCAACCAAUCCAGUAAAUGUGGAGGAGGAGUUAAGAUUGAGUAUCGCCUUGUUAACGUCCAAAAGUGGAAGUCACGUCACAGGCUCUCUUUCCAUUUCCCCUGAAAACCAGAGCAUCCGGUUGUUCGGGGACUCGGCAGAGGCUACUACCACUGUAACCCAAUCACAGCCCAUCCAACCCCUGCCUUAAUAAUUAUGCUUACUGCUGCACACAAGCUAGCUAGCAGCAAUGGAGCAUGGACUCAGCACUGUCUACAGCUAUGGGCACUAGUAGGCAGGCAAUGGCUUGAGGUUACUGUACAGUGUACACACAGGUGUCUCCCUCUCUCUCUCUCGCCCUCCCUCUCCCUCUCCCCCUCUCUCUCUCUCUCUCUCUCUCUCUCCCUCUCCCUCUCUCUCUCUUUCUCCCUCUCUCUCCCUCCCUCUCCCCUCUCUCUCUCUUUCUCACCUUCUUCCCCUGAUGGAUGAUGACAGUGCCACAAUGUAAACUUCUCCUUCAUUUUCUGCUUACGGACAACAGCUUGCCCUCUCCCUCUUCAUGAUACAGUGACUAUCUGGUGCGAUCUCAUGGCACCUCUGUGGUACACACAGACACAACAAUAAGGAUUCAAAGGGUAAACUCACUCAUCUCUCCGAUCACAAAAAAGCACUGCAGAGGCAGGCCUUUCAAAGAUUGGCAGGCACUAUGAAUGUGAGCGUGACAUCGGAACACACACACACACAGUUUGAACAAGUCUUUAUUUGGGCAGGCAGCCAGGCAUUCAGGUGACUAAGCAGAAAGUAUAUGUUUUGUUAGCAUUUGGGAGUUAUUCUUUUUCUAACAAUCAUUUGACUGAUUUGUUUUAUUUCCUCUCAAAUCCACUGGAAUCCAAAUAGAUUUGAACCAGAUCUGUGAUUGGUGGAAAUAUUUUAUAAACCAAUUAAUGAUGGUUAGCUUCCCCAGCCUUCUCUCUCUCUCCUGAGAAAAAAAUGUGUGGAGCUUGUAGUCUGAAAGUCUGUUAAACAAUAAUGACACAGAAACCCGGAACACUUCGCCAUCAUACCUCCAACUUGUUCACAUCCAGUGUUCUGCGAUAACGUCUAUGUUCGGCGAUAAAAUAAUAGUUAUUCUAAUGACCAUAAUGCUUAUGCAUACAGUCCUGCGCAUGAUGAGAGCACUCUGUAUAAGCAAACAGUGUCGGACUGCUUGUCUUGGUUUUUACUGGGCGGUAACUUGAUCCCCUGCGUCUGAAAAUCCUAACUCGGCUCUGGCACGGAUAGGCUAAUAGCCCCGGGUGCUUUAUACGUUUAUUUUAGGUAAUAGAGACGCUUGUUUUGUUACAGCCCGUUCCGCCCUUUUUUUUAUUUAUUUUUAUUUUUACAAUUUCACCUAGACGCAAAUUGCGAGUCUUUCCCACUUGGCCCGCAUUCUUUGCCCUCGAAAGUUUUGUGACUUUAAAGAAGGGUUUUGGGAGAAAAUGUGGAGCGCAUGCGCCAUCUAGAAGUUUUCCCCCGCGCAUCAGUGCUAGGGUUUGCUAGUUUGAGAGAGGAGGCGACGACCAGGCAGGUGACAGAAGGAGAGGGAGUCUGCAACACUCUGCUCUUCAACACACACACACUACCCGGCGGAGGUUAUCUCCACGAGCGUACCUUCUCCAAGCAAAACCGCUGAUCUCCACGCGAAUUCUCCCUCUUACACACACAGUGCUACUGUUUUGAGUUUUUACUCCAGUGGCGAGUUUGGAGUGGAUUUUCGGCAAUUUGGGUCUUGCACCACUCAAAGUUGGAUGUGUUGAACGCACUUUUUGCGGGUAAAGUUUUUGUUACUGAGUAAAUCACCCGAGGAGUCCAGGAGAGAGCGGUGUCUUUCUGUGCAGAAUGGAGGAUGAAAUAACGGCCUCAGGUUUGUGGCGAGGAACCCUGCAGUGUGGAUGUUACCACAGGUAGAACACGCUCUGAGUUUAAGGUGUCACCGCUGUAGGAUCAUAUCUCUCCCCACCUCUCACCAGUUAAUGUGUUUACCUGCGCUUUACACACUAGUGCCAGCCCGUCGGAAGCUCUACAAAGCCUAAGAAACCUCUACAAAGCUGCAAGGAAACUUUGAAGGAUAAAGCUACCGCUAUCAAUCCUCCCAACCAUCAAAAGAGCGUCGGCAACAGUUUAUUACAGCUGACGUUUCUGGCCACUGGCACUUUUUAGUUGCUUGUGAAUGUUUUAUUUGUCAUGAAGUGUUUCCGCGGAUUCACGCCCACGUUUGUUAAAGGCUUUAAUUAUUAAUAUCGCUGCUGGACAUUGUAAAUAACCUCGGUCGUCUCUGCAAGAGCUCUCCUCUCCGCUGUCCCGCGCUCACAGAGCGCAUUCGUCGAUAACGGAUCGCCUAUGCCAGUCUUCCGAUACUGAGCCACAGGACUACCACGGUUACUGCCACCUUCCUCCAUUACACACCGGACACUAUCCCGUACAACCCCGAUUUAGCACUAACUGCUUUGGAUUGCAACCGACCUGAGUCCCCGGUAUAGGUAAAAGGACUCUCGAGCCCACUAAGGCCUUGGCACUGGAAUUAUUCGUUUAAUAGUCAUCUCCCCAAAGUGGAUUAUCGUUCGUAAAGCACUGUUUUCCGUGGUGAGUAUAGUUUGCUCUCAGUUGAUUUUGUUCGUUAUCGAAUAGUUAUUUUGAGAUCGGUUAACAACUAAAAAAAACUAAAACCUUUUCCCAAAUUAUGUCCUCGACUCUUGGCAUGCUUAGGACUCAUUUUAGUUUAGGAAUGAUUAUCGUUUGUUUGACCGCAGCCUGCAGGCUAUCCAAAAGCAUUUUUUGUCUUCACCAUUAUAUAUAUUUUCUCUCCUGAAGCACACUUUUUAAAACUCUUUGUUUGUGCAUUGUUAAACUAAUGCCACAUGUUUUAAUUUGUAAUGCCACCCUUGCUCUCUCUUCAUAUAUUCUCCUCUCUGCUCCCUCUCCUUCCAUCAAAACAUAGACUCUGGCUCCCUCCUCUGGCCUUCUAAAACGAGGUGUGUGUGUGUGUGUGUGUGUGUGUGUGUGUGUGUGUGUGUGUGCUGGAAACUGAUAUGCGUUGAUGAAUAUUAGGUAACACUUAAUUCAUCAAUUUAUGUUGACUAUAAAUGAAUAAAAAAGCACAGCAUGGCUUGAAGGCGGUUUUUCAGGUAUGCACAUUUAGUCUACAUCUGACAUGAACGAAACAAUGGACAUAAAGUGAUUUAUUCAUUAUCCUUCCAAGAAUAAUCAAUAAACAAUGUCAAGGACGCUUUUUAUAGGAGCAUUUAUUUGUCUAUUAAUCUGACGAUAAAUUAUUAACUAUCAUAGGCCUACGUGUUACACUUUGGCAUAUUUAUUUUCUAUACUCAGUUCUUCUCAGAAACAGAAAUAGGCUCUAUUAAAUAUUUGAAACGAACUAUUUCAAUAUUUACCGAUAUUUCGUCUUGUGGCUUUGGCUUAAUUUAUUCCCCUGUAAAUGUGUAGAUGGUAUUAAUUUAUUGUAUUCGAAUAUUUCAUAGGGGUAUCAAAACCACCGCACUUGUUUGUGCUUAAAUUGGUUUUAGCCUAUAAGAUUUUAACAUUAAUUUAGUCAAAAUAACUUGAUUAGCUGAUAUGUAAUAGGCUAUUUUUUUGUUGCCUGUCCAAUUCCAUUAAUGAUUCUCACUGCUCAGGGUGUAGCCGAAGUAAGGCCAUUUCCAUCAUAAUUCAAUAGCCCUACUCGGUGUGCGCUGACCAAAUCGUUAAUACCGGGGACUGGUGGUCUGGUCUGAAAGCUUUUUUUAUCUGCGUCAGUUGCUUGUUGGGUCAAUUCAAGAAGUGAAUCGAAAUUCCAGUUAAAAAAAUACAUGACUAUUCAAAAAUACAAUUGAAUGAAUUGGAAUUUCAUUCAAUUGAAAUCCUGAAUUGACUAAAUGGAUGGGUGUCCAGGACCUCAACCCUGGUUGUUGUUAUGACCGGUCACGGUUACCGGUUACAGGUUAGCCCUCCCACUGAUUCAGCUUUCACGUGCACCCCAUUGCUGUCCCUUUUUAUCAGUCCGCUCCAUGCACCCGUUGGACUGAAGGAAGCCAGCAAUAUCUGAGACGAGCAGUGGCUAUCAUUCAGACUAAUGUAGGCUAUAUAUUUCCUUUAUACAGAAACGUUGUUAAGAAAUGAUAUGAUCUGACCGGGCCGGGCAUUUUCGCGGCCUAUAUAAAAUUGAAGAAUAGAUAUGGGGACUUUAGCCGCCAACCCGAGAGGCAGUGCGCAAACUGAAAGCACAUGUUUGUUUGUGUGUGUGUGAGAGAGAAUUUGGAAUGACUAUUAAACGGCGCAGUCUCAGCGACUCUACUCUGGAAAAUACACAUCUUGACAAGUUAGCCGUCUCCCAGUCCCAACAGUCACUAUAGCCUCUAAAAUCACCAUGCAGAGAUGCCUCUUUAUAAACAGCAGGAAAAAUUAGAGGCAAAUGAUUUGGACUGUUAUGCCGUUACCUUCUCAUUACAUUUGUACAUUUGAGUCAUUUAGCAGACGCUCUUAUCCAGAGCGACUUACAGUUAGUGAGUGCAUACAUUUUUCAUACUCAUUAUAAUCAGAACAGCAGAAAUUCAAAUUAUUCCAAAAACGUAAUUGGAUUUAUUUUACAGGUCAAUAAUAGGCUCAUACUUCUUAAAUUAUGCAAACUCGUUUGCAAAUUUCGCAUUAAAAUCACGAUUUUCAAAAGUAAUUUCCAGUUAAUAAAAUCUCAACUUCACCUGGACAUCGACACUGUAACCUACCAUCCAUUAAGUAGCUGGUUGUUGGCCUGCACGUAUCGCUUCAAAGCGUCUGCCAUACUAAUAAGAAAUAACUUUUUCUAAAUGUCAAUUGAUUUCACACUAUAUGUUUUUUAAAUAUGUUAAUUUAGGUUUUCAUAUUGUCAUUAUUUCAAAUUUAGUAGCCUUCCAAUUCCACAUUUAAUCUUAUUUUUAUUUAUAUAUAUAUACCGCACUUGUUUGUGAACUACACAUUUAUAAACUUCAUGAAGAUUGGAGAUUAAAUAUUUAAUCUCCAAAUGCAUUCUGCGCAUUUUUAGGUUCAAAUGAUGGGUUAUUCCAUGGUGAACACUUGUUAUUAGGACGAUUUGUGUUAGAAUAACUUACUUACAAAAUCAUCACGUAACGAAUAAAAUAUUAAUAGCAAAAAAUGCAUUCAUUUGGAUGUAAAAGUGUUAAUUUUCAAACUCACAGAAAAAUCGUUUUGGGGAAUAGGACAGUGUGUGACUGGGUCACGAACGAAUAAAUAGCCUAAUGUGUAGGCUUACAUUAAAUUGUGGACAGUUUUGUGAUUAUUUCGUAUAAUUUAAAAUGAUCCUAAAAUAGUAUUUGUUAAACAAAGAUUAUGCAAUAUGUUAUAUUUAUGUUAUAUAAUAACAUAAGUAAUAGUUGACAACUUCCACAUAACUCAAUAAAUAGCUUAUAAUUGUCUUGUAAUUGAUUUAAUCAACAGGCUAGCCUAAGCCUAAUACACCUUAAACAAUAAUUUCACAUCGUCAUGAAUUGAAAUAGAUCUAGUGAUUGGUCAAAUGCGAAAGCAUUAUUUAGGCUAAACGCGACCUGGAAAAACUUGUCCUGAACAGAGUGAGAUAGAUAGGCUUAGAGGACAUUCAUCAAUGGCCUAUGAUCCUUUAAGGAGAUACCCACUUAAGAAACAUAAUAUAAAAAGACAUUUAGAGCUUCUGUAGUAAUGUGUGUAUUUUUAUCUUAUAUGUUUUUAACUGCACGUUACAUGUCAAUUUACGUGCAUCACUGUGCUGCAGUUGAACAGAGGGGGUCUCUCUCUCUCUCUCCUCCUUGUCUGAUUGGUGCAGGAGAAGAAUGCUCUUAUCGUGGGUAUAGUGAACUGACUGGUAGGAAUGUCUGUCUGCUGGUUGAAGGGGGUUUGAAGGCCAUUGUUAUUCUGUCUGUCUUCUGUGAUUCACACACUCACCUGCUGCCAGAGGACUGCUCUGCUGCAAGCACCGAUGGCCCCAGGCCUCUCCACACAGACAGACAGACAGACAGACAGACAGACAGACAGACAGACAGACAGACACAGACACACACAUACAGACACACAGACACACAGACAGAGGGAGAGCAACAGAACCCUCAUCAUUCAUUUUUCUUUAUCUCUGUGACAGUCACAUACCAUACACAGCAUUUUGGAACUCCCUCUUAACCCCUUCACGGUCUGGCUGUGGAGACAGAUGGACUUAGACAGACAGGAUAUGUGUACAGUCCUCUGUUCCGUCAUCCAUGGGUCCCCUGUAGCUCAGUUGGUAGAGCAUGGCGCUUGCAACGCCAGGGUUGUGGGUUCGUUUACCACGGGGGGCCAGUAUGAAAAAUUUAUGCACUCACUAACUGUAAGUCGCUCUGGAUAAGAGCGUCUGCUAAAUGACUAAAAUGUAAAUGUAAAAAUGUAUGAGCGUGUAUGCGGACUGGCUGUCGGUGGUGUGUGUGUAUGCGGACUGGCUGUCGUGGUGUGUGUGUAUGCGGACUGGCUGUCGGUGGUGUGUGUGUAUGUGGACUGGCUGUCGGUGGUGUGUGUGUAUGCGGACUGGCUGUCGGUGGUGUGUGUGUAUGCGGACUGGCUGUCGGUGGUGUGUGUGUAUGCGGACUGGCUGUCGGUGGUGUGUGUGCCUGUCUGACCUGUGUACUGCCGUCUCUCCUCAGAGCUGUUCCGGUAACUGAUCCAGUAUGUUGUUCCUGCGGCGGCUGGUGCAUGUGUGCUGUCCCUCGGCACCGGCGGGGAGUGUGUUGGACUCCAGACACUGUGUGUUCGCCCUCACACUCCUCACACUACUCCUGCAGGUGGUGGUGGAGGCCAAUUCAUGGUGGUAUGUACACUUUUAAUACACUUUACAUACGCUCUACUCUCAAUGUGUUGCGUGUGUGUGUUGUGUGUGCACAUCUGCAUGGCCAGAGAGGUGGCUAUGCCAUUGGAUCCCCCAACCCCCCCCCUCUCUGAGUGUGAGACAGGGCCGCUCCGAUCCCACCACAUGAUACAACAUGCUGACUCUAGCACAUAAGCCUUUUAGAUAUACUCAUUUCUUUCUCUCCUAUUUUCUUUCUCCAUGUAUUGCCAAACCAAAAUUAUGAAUAUUCUAUAAAACAGAAUGCUGUGGUUUUUGGGUACAUAUCCAAAUAUGUGCAGACACGAACUCCGUAGAAGUGACUUUCUCGCUCUCUGUGCGUGUGUGUGUGAUAGUGUGUGUGCGUUUGUGUCUGCCAAUAGGAGAGAAGUCUAAAUGUGAACAUGCAAAUGAUAGACAGAGAUAAUAGAUUUGAUACACAGGGGAAAACAGUGUUUACACAUCACCAUAGGAGCACUGCUCAAAUCAGAUCACAUUUUGAUCCUGUUAGUGUCUGUCUGUAUUUGCAUGAGGUUGUAUGCUGUGUGUAUUUGUGCCGAGUGGAAAUUGUCUUUUUUACAGACAUGUUUUCUACUUGUUUAUAGGAAACUAGAACAAACAGUACACCAAAAACACUUUAGAGAGAAUACUGCAGUAAUGAGCUGUACUGAUGUCAUUAGGAAUAAAGGAAUCCAUAGCCUUUUCAAACACAUCCUUCAAGUUGUAUUAGUUGAUCUCUUGUUUCUCUAUAUAGUUGACUAAAGCAAUGGCAAGGGACAUUCCAUUGUGAUCUUCCAUGGAUUAUGUCUCUUCAUAUGAUUUAGUAUGGACACACACAUAAUUACACUACCACAGACACACACUACCACAGACACACACUACCACAGACACACACAUUAUCACGCACAAAAAUACUUACUGUAGACACAUUGCUGAGGUGUGUGUGGUUUGUGCCUUUCCGAUCCCUCCAGUAAAAGACACGCAGGUGCAAAUGAUUUACUGUGUCCGAGCGAAUGAGGCCUGUGAGGGGUGUGUGUGUGUGGGGGUUGUGUGUGUGUGUGGGGGUUGUGUGUGUGUGUGGGGGUUGUGUGUGUGUGGGGGGGUUGUGUGUUUUCCCUCCCUCCCUGGCUGCUCUCCUCAGUAGAUCCGGUUACAGUGGAGGCUAAUUGUGCUGCUCUGGGGGGUUAGGAUGGGCUGCUCUAAGUGUGUGUGUAAAAGGCUGGUUUAAUUGUUGUGAUGAUGAUGAUAGGUUCGCUCUGUGCAGGUCUGUGACCAAUAACUAAAUGUCCAUAUGCAUACAUCAUCAAUACCCAGCCUCUGUGUCCUGUCUCUAUUAGAAAAGUGUUUUGCUCUCUCUUCCUCUCCCUCUGUCCAGGUCUCUAGCCAUGAACCCUCUGCUGAUCCCCGAGGCAUACAUCAUCGGUGCCCAGCCUCUGUGCAGCCAGCUAGUGGGUCUAUCCCAGGGCCAGAAGAAGCUGUGCCAGCUCUACCAGGACCACAUGCAGUACAUCGGCGAGGGCGCCAAGACGGGCAUCAGGGAGUGCCAGUACCAGUUCAGACACCGGCGGUGGAACUGCAGCACCGUGGACAACUCCUCCGUGUUCGGACGGGUCAUGCAGAUAGGUAAGGCUUUAGCUCAGUGGGUUAACGUGGUCUUCAGUCACAGGGAUAUUUUUGAUACACUCCUACAUUAUGCUAUCCUAGUCCAGUCUGUUGUAUUGUACUUUGCAUGUGAAAGAGGUUGAGUAGAAGUGGUGGCUCAACAGAGGAAUUGGAGUUGAUGUGUGACCACUGAUUAGUUAUGGGCUGUGUGCUUCUCUAACUCUGAGUAUGCGCACUCUCCUUCUCCACUUCCCCUCUCUCCUACUAGACCAGAGGAGGGUAUGGAGGUCCCCUCCUCUCCUGUUGUAAUCCAUGGGGUGAUGUUGAGCAGCUGUGCUGGGGGAAUAGUUUGUGGGUGAGGUCUCGUUAUAAUUUCACAUGUGGCCUGGGGCUCCAUGGCCAGAGGCUGACACUCACAAUGGGGAUGAAUUGCAUUCAGCCACGAUGCAUCUUAAACACACGCAUGCAUCCACACAAAAACACACAUUUUUUCUCUGUAUUAUUUACAGAGUUAAAGCGCAUUCCUGUGUCUGUGUGAGCUAGUCUUUCACCCCUCAUAGAACCCAGAGGUAGACGGUAUCAAUCCCAGCUCCAGAUCCUGUCUCUUUGAUGAGUGUUUGUUUUAGUGUUUGACUUCGCCACAGGAGCCCAUGUUGAGGUGGUUUACUGCAGGCAUUUAUUGUUCAUAAUUGUCACAUUUAAUUUAAACCAAAGCAUUUCUCAUGCUGUUCAUCCUAGCAUUGUGAUAAUGCUGUGGUUUGAGCAUCUGUACGUUUCAAACACGCGAGAGAAGAAAUGAGAGGACAGGAUCUGGAUGAGCCUAAACUAUUAUACGAUAACCAUUAUCAACUCCAAUGUUCUGUCCCUCUUGCUCUCUCUGUCUCUCUCUCUCUGUCUGUGUCUCUCUGUCCCUCUUUCUCUGUCUCUGUCUCUGUGUCUCUCUUUGUGUCUCUCUCUCUCUCUCUGUGUCUCUCUCUGUCUCUCUCUCUGUGUGUGUCUCUCUCUGUCUCUCUCUCUCUCUGUAUAUAUAUCUCUCUCUCUGUGUCUCUCUCUCUCUCUGUCUCUUUGUCUCUCUCUGUGUCUCUGUCUCUGUCUCUGUGUGUGUGACUCCUCCCUGUGAAUACUUUUGAGCUGAGCCUGCUUUUGUCUCAGUCCCACCACUGUUCUGAGAUCACAUUUUACAGAUAUAUCUUCAUAGAAAAGACAUCAAUGGGAGGACAGCUUCUUUCUUUCUCUUCUCUCUCCAUCUCUCUCUUUGUCUCCCUCUCUCCAUCUCUCUCUUUGUCUCCCUCUCUCCAUCAAGGGGAGGACAGGGCUCCCAUCUCGGUCCACUCUGGGCCAAGUAAACAUGUCCUCCCCAGUCUGUCUGACUGUUCAGUGCUGCUGAUUUAAGGCUGAGCUCCAGGGUAGGGGAGUCAACUUCUCUCCCCUGCCCGUGUUUGCUGCCCCUGGGGCAGGGUGGACCAGGCCACUGGCUGGGGAGAGGGAGGGUUCUGUGGAGGAUAGAGGUAUGGUCACGAAUAGGGAGAGAGAGAACGGUAGAUCGAGAGGACAGCUUGUCUGUCGACAGCUCUGCUAUUAGGCCAAUCUCCUGCACCGGGUUUGAAGUUGUAGAAAACUAAUAACCUUUUUCCCCCUUGGCCGGACCAAUGACCGACCGAGACGUCCAUCUGGACAGAUUCAUUUCACUACCCUAUACCCCCUCAUCUCAUUUCCCUCUCCUCUCAUUCUCUCUCUCUCCUUCUUCUGUAUAUAUAUCUAUAUAUCUAUCUCUCUCUCCUCUCUCUCUAUCGAUACUCUCUCUCAUAUCUCUCUGCUCUAAUACACUGCUUAUCUCUAUCUACUCUCGCUCUCUCUCUCUCUCAUCCCUGCUCUCUCUCUCUCUCUCAUCCCUGCUCUCUCUUAGCCUGGUAUUGUCAUUACAAUAUGCUUCCUAGGGAUUUAGUGUUUUUAUUUUGUGUCCAUUUCCAACUCCUAGAUAAGCACUGAGACUUGUGCUUUAGAUGUCUCUUUUCUUUCUCUAUGCAUCUCUUUCUCACACUCACCCCAAUACUGUAAACUGAAGAGUGGCUGUCUGUAUUGGAAGGUUAACAGUGAGUGUCUGAGAGAUGUAGGCAGUGAUGUGAUGGAGCCAGUUUGCUCCGUUGGCAUGUCGUACAGGGGAAAUUACUGGUUUGAAACAUUGCUUUGGUUUGGCAGCUGCCACUGGAGGGUGCUCUGGUCUUAUUGGCUAACUCCCAACAACUAUCAAUGUCCUGAAUGCAACUGCCUGUAACUAGAGGCAGGCCAACUAUAAAUGUCCUGAAGGAUGGAGGCAGAGAGGCAGGACCAUUCUACUGUUGGAGGCCUGGUCAGAUGAGCCCUGUAUAUCCAGAAGUGAACAUGGUCGUUCUACUCCAUAUUGUUGACUCAUGUUAAUGCUCCAUGAAGUGCUGUUUCUGGCCAGGCUGGACUCUACUACAAUGACUCACAACGUUGACCUUUUUUCAAUGACUCAUUUCUUCUUUUUUUAGACUUUGACUCAUUAUCAUUUCAAAUUCAAUCUAUCACCAGGUCUGUCAUAUAUUAAUGUUGUUCUUCUGUCGGCCCGUCUGUCUUUCUGUCCACAGGAAGCAGAGAAACAGCGUUUACGUAUGCCAUCAGCGCGGCAGGGGUGGUCAACGCAGUGAGCAGGGCCUGCAGAGAAGGGGAGCUGUCGAGCUGCGGCUGCAGCCGCGCUGCACGUCCCAAAGACCUGCCUCGUGAUUGGCUGUGGGGCGGCUGCGGGGACAACCUGAACUAUGGCUACAGGUUCUCUAAAGAGUUUGUUGACGCGCGGGAGCGGGAGAAGAGCUACGCCAAGGGAUCCUUCGAGAGUGCCCGGCUGAUGAUGAACCUACACAAUAACGAGGCUGGACGGAGGGUGAGGAGGAAUAACACUCUGUCACACAAACCCUAACUAAAUGAAGCACUGGGCCUGCAUACUUAUUCUAAUGUCACACACACACACACACACUCAAAGGAGGAAAACAAGUUCAUCUCCACCUGUUUCAGCUGUCCUGAAGUUGAUUCGUAAUGACAUUUAGUGAGGGAAUGGAAGACUGAGAGGGUGAGAGGGAGUGAGAGAGAGCGAGAGAAUCCAGGUCAAUCAGAUGGGCAUAGGACUAUUAUUUGAUCAUCUGUGUAACAGCUCUGUCUCAUCUCUCCUCUGAAGCCUGUCUUUGAUCUGGGUAAGAUGGGAUCAUGACGGCUGGCUGAGCUGCUUUCUGUAGUUCAUUCCAAAUGCCCUGACACAGCCUCAAAGGAAACGGCUUGCCAGACCGUGUUGCUUUCACAUCUCUUCUGACUCGUACAAAUGAGCGGACAGGGUUUUGUUCGGCUGACAGUGUGGGCCAUAGAGGGCAUCAUGUAGUUCUCCCUAAUGACAUAACGUCUUUGAAGAUCUGAUGCAUGAUACAUGCACAUUCACACAUGUAUGCAUACAAUAAAGCAUGUGUAGAGUAUUACAAUUUUUAGAUGAAAUUUAUCUGUUCUCUGCUUUCUCUUAGUCCUGUGUAGUCUCUCUAGUUGGUGAUAAUAAUCAAUCUGUCCCUCUCUCCCUCUCCCCCUCCUCCUCUCCUCUCAGACGGUGUCGGACCUGGCCCAUGUCUCCUGUAAGUGCCAUGGCGUGUCGGGCUCCUGCAGUCUGAAGACGUGCUGGCUGCAGCUGGCAGACUUCCGCAAGGUGGGCGAGACCCUGAAGGAGAAGUACGACAGCGCAGCCUCCAUGAAGCUCAACUCGCGUGGCAAGCUGGUGCAGCGAGACAGCAAGUUCAACCCCCCCACCAGCCAUGACCUGGUCUACAUCGAGUCCAGCCCAGACUACUGCCUGUCCAACCAGAGCACAGGCUCCCUGGGUACUGUAGGCAGGCUGUGCAAUAAGACGUCGGAGGGCAUGGAUGGCUGUGAGCUGAUGUGCUGCGGCCGGGGCUACGACCAGUACAAGGCCCAGAUCGUGGAGCGAUGCCACUGCAAGUUCCACUGGUGCUGCUACGUCAAGUGCAAGCGCUGCACCAAAACCGUGGACCAGUUCGUCUGCAAGUGAGGAGGAGGAGGAGAUGAAGAGUGUGUGUUCGUGCAAGUGUGCAUGCGUGUGUGUAUCCAGAGAGGCGGAACGAAGGAGGCGAAGAGAGCAAGAGGAAGAAAGAAAAAGAAAAAAACUAUAUAAAUUAUAUUUAUAGAGUUAAACAAUUAUACCAUUGCAAAAGACUGAUACUUUCUUUUCCAUGUAAUAGUUCAAAAAAUGUAAUGCCUUCCGAAACUGAAAAUAUGGUGAAAUAUUUAUUUUCUGAGAUUGUUUUUGCCCGAUCAUCCAAAGCUAAUUUUUAAUUAAUCCCCAGGCCUGGAGACCAGCAGCCAUUCUUUUUUAAACUCUAAAUAUGACCCAUAACAGGGCUCCCCAAUAGGUGGCUCCCCAAUAGGUGUCUCCCCAAUAGGUGGUUCCCCACAGGUGAUUUUAGUAGCCCCCCCCCCAAGUUUUCU